AUCUAUGCUAUUGAUCCAUUCAGUUUUCCCAUUGUAUGCUGACUGGACAGAAGCCUUGCAUUGGAUAUUUGGUAAGACCUUUUUUCAGAAACCAUGGCUGAGUACUUGGCGUCAAUCUUCGGAACAGAAAAAGACAAGGUCAAUUGUUCUUUCUACUUCAAAAUUGGAGCUUGCCGGCAUGGAGACCGAUGCUCCCGAAUUCACAACAAACCUACCUUCAGUCAGACGAUCUGUCUUCAAAAUUUCUAUGUAAAUCCACAAAAUGCCACCAAAACGGCAGAUGGAACAGCAGUUCCUGGGAUUAUUACCAUGAGUGAUGAAGAAGCACAAGAACAUUUUGAUAACUUCUUUGAAGAUGUUUUUGCAGAAUGUGAAGACAAGUAUGGGGAAAUUGAAGAAAUGAAUGUUUGUGAUAAUCUUGGAGAUCACCUUGUUGGUAAUGUUUACAUCAAGUUUCGCAGAGAGGAAGAUGCUGAAAAAGCUGUUAAUGAUUUGAACAACAGAUGGUUUGCUGGGCGGCCUGUCUAUGCAGAAUUAAGCCCUGUUACAGAUUUCCGCGAAGCUUGCUGUCGUCAAUACGAACUUGGAAUGAAGCACAAGAUGGAAGCUCUUGAAGGUGCUCGGGGCGGGCCGAGGGGACGACCCCGUGUGCCAUUCAGCAGUGCUGAUCAAAGUGAAUGUACCCGAAGUGGAUUUUGCAACUUCAUGCAUCUGAAACCAAUUUCUCGCGAGCUGAGACGGGAACUCUAUGGCCGCAAACGUAAAGGAAGGAGUUCUAGCCGCGACAGAGGGGGCUCCGGUGGUCCUCGAUCUUCGCGACCUGAUCGUCGGCGUUCACGUUCCCGUGAACGCGUCGACCGUCGAGAUCGCUCGGGACGUUAUUGAUUCCUCAUGUAUUUCAUAUUUCUACCUUGAGCGUAUUCUAAUGCCACUGAAAAAAUAAAAUACUUCAAGCCCUUC